AUGGAAGCAUUGGUUUAUACGUUCCUUUUAGUUUCGACUUUAGGGAUAAUUUUUUUCGCUAUCUUCUUCCGAGAACCACCUAAGGUUCCGACUAAAAAAGUGAAAUAA